UUUGAGAGCGGUUAUACAACUGCUAAGCCCAAUUCCCAAAGUUGACCGGGACCUCAUUUUCAAAGACUCUGUAGACAUUUAAUUGCUCAUGCACAUGAUGAACAUAGUAUUUUUCAUUUAUUUGUUUCUGACAACAUUUACUCUCCGGUCCAACCUCAUUAAUUUCUUUCCGGUUCCAACGCUUUUCAUUUCUUCCUUUGCAGCCACAUUUUCUCUAUCACACACACAAAAAAUGUCCAUAGCUAACUUACCUGAUUCCGCAAGCGGAGUAAUUAGCCUCAGAUAUGGUAUGGCCAUUAUCAUUGGCAUUUUGAUACUCAUUUCUCUUAUCAUGUUUGCUUCCUACGCUUGUCUUCGUCUCAAAUUAGCUGCUUCUUCUAACACUGAAGACUUCACACCUGCAUCUUCCAAUGGGGCUAUAUAUAGUUACUUCCUAGGAUUGGAUCAGCCCGUUAUAGAGUCAUUUCCCAAAGUGGUUUUAGGUGAAAGCAAGAGAUUGCCCAGUCCAAUUAAUACAAAUCUAUGCGCUAUUUGCUUGUGUGAGUAUUGUGCGAAAGAUUUGGUUCGUUGUAUACCGGAAUGUCGACACUGUUUUCAUGUAGAUUGUGUUGACGAAUGGUUGCGGAAGAGUGGGACUUGUCCAAUUUGUAGGAACUCUCCAGCUAAUUCUCCAUCUGUCGGUCCAACUUCGACUAUGCCUAGUAAUAUUCCUCUUGCCCAAUUAGUACCCUUGGCUUAUUAUCAGAGAUGAUGUUGUUGCAAAGGUGUAGGUUUAAAUUAAAUAGUAUAUAUAGUACUUCUUGUUUUGAAUUCUGUUUUCUUAUUACAAUUUGUGUA